AUGUUGAAAUUGGACCAGGGAGAAGUUAUUGAGAAGGUUAUCUCGGUCCGUGAAGAUUUUUUAACUGAGGAAAACAAAAAAGAAAAGUAUUUGGUGAUUGGUACUAAGCGUGGGAAAGUUAAGCGAUUACCUUUAGAAAAAAUUGGUCGAGUUUUGGGCAGUGGAAAAAGGAUAAUUAAUUUAGUUAAAUAUAAGGAUGAAAUUAGUCAAGUAUCCUUUACUUCAGGUCAAGAUGUUAUAGCGGUAUUUACUAAGCAAGGUAAAAGUCGAAAUAUUGCUGAAGAAAAAUUACGAAUUUUUGGUCGAGCAGCUUAUGGUGAUACAGUAAUUAAGUUGAUUGACAGUGGUAAAAAAAUUCGGUGUCCUGUUCAUCAAACUCUUCUUGAACAGCAUAAAGUUGCUCCAUGUUGUGAUAAAACUCGACUAGGCGCGCAAUUACAGUGUCCGCGGAUGAAAGAGAUAAAUAAACAAAAAAGAGAGUGUGCGGAUUGUAAUAAGAUAAUACCAAUUGCAUCUGAUCAAAUUCAAGAUGAAAUGGUUAGUUUGCUGGUGAUAGAUAAAGAAUUUGUAAAGGAAAACCUCAAUUUGCUAGCUGUUCGUGAAGAUAAGAUAGCAAUCAAAAAACCAUUACCAUCCUUUUUCAAAUUAGCUAAAAGGAGAAGUGGAAAAGGGGAAAAGAGGUUUGAAAUAACCGAAAAGCGUGUUUCUCCUUAUUGCGCUAAGCAUGAAAGCUUGGUAACUAAACUAGAGGAGAAGCGGGAAAAUGCGCGAGAAAGAGUUAGAGAUAAGCAAAGUGAAGUUACUGAAUUAGAAAAUAUAUUAAAUAAAGCUAGAACCGAAGCAGUAAAUACUGAAGUAAUUGAUAAAUAUGAGCAGGAAUUGGCGGUUGCUCGUCAAGCAAGAAAAGAGUGA